AUGUUCUCUUCCUCCUCGUUGAGGCUCUCCUUGAUUUUUCUACGGCGCUGCUGUUGUCUUCGAAUCAAACGGACCUUGGCUUUGGCUGCGACGCUGAUUGUGGGCUUGAUCCUUCUCGGUGCUUCAAACUUGGCCGACGAGUCUGGUAGCUCGAAAACACGGACUCUGAAUCCUCGACAAUUCCAGCUGGGGGGAAUGCUAGCCGGCAAUGCUCUGCAGGCUUUGAAACCCAGUGAAAGCAGAGCACAGCUUACAGAAGGAAGUCCUCAGAGUUUGGUCUCGUCACACCCAGAGCUAGAUUCUUUGGAGGCAUUACCGACCGAGACAAGCGAUCCAAACAGUUCGAAUGCUACACAGGCAUCUGACGAACCAACAGAAGCUUUGGACUUACUCGCGGCUCUUACCGCAGCCUUCAGGACAGCCAUCAGGAACAAACAUUCUUUGGAACGCUCCAUCAUUGCGACCGACAGCAAGCCUACGGUUCAGAGCACGUCGUCAGUUAUGACAUCCCGGUACUCUGGCUCAAUGGUGUCGAUUUCACGACCUUCCACGCUUACCAACUCACCAUCCUUUGCAGAAGUAAAAGGCCAGAUUAGUCGACGACUUGCUUACAAUGCUUCGGUCAGCUGGAUUAGCGGGAGAGGCGUUGCUGGUUCUGAUACUCCAGAAGAAAACCUGGCGUUGUCCUUGUUGGAUUACAUGUCUAAUCUAGUCGCAGAUGUCGCCGGCAUCAACUCAAAAGUAGCAGCUGGAUUGACGGAUUCUCUCCUAGCUGCACUUCCUGUGGAUCGAAACUCCAUCGCCUCGCUUGCUGCGUCCACUGCCGGGCAAGCCUCGAUCAGUACCGAAUCCGCCAUACCUUUCAUACUUCCUGCAGUUGCAAAGGCUCUAGGGACACAAGCAGGGGAAAGUUUCAGCCUGACUGCGAGAACUAACGUGACGCAGACGUUUAUUGAUAUAGUCAGAAAAGGUUCAAUGAUCAUUAAUCAGAUCGUUGCCACCUCGAUACUUGAUCGAGUCCCGUUGAUGCAGGACACUUUAACUCGGGUUGCUGAUGUAGUAUACGCCACAUCUGCAGCGCUGAACCAGACAGUAUGCGCCAUGAGUCUGAAUGACACGGAUUCGCAACUGGAAGUUGUCGUUCCGUGCGCAUCCGUCGAGCUGCAGUCCUCUGUAAAGGUACUGACGCUCAACCCGACGGGGCCAACCUCUCCGGGACAAAGUGUACCGACUGCGGCAUGGAACAUCAUUCCCAUGGCCAACCCGCAAGGCUACAGUAUACUCUCGGACUAUGGUCAAUCUGCUCAGUCUACGUGGGGGGCGGUUUCUCUCAGCAGCGGUGAUGCUACCGAGCAUACUGCACAGUCUCUGGUAACUCAGCAACCGGCCUCUUGCACCGGAGCAAGCUCAAGUGCUCCCGCUCUCACACCAUGGGCUGCCAGUAGUCAACCCUGCUCCAUCUCCAGUCUUCCCCCGUAUUCGACACUGGGUCCUGCAGUGGAGACGAUUCCGGACUUGGGACAUGAAUGCAACAAGUGUCUGAACGGGUGUUUUGACCCUCCAAGCGAGACAUCAGCACAAGCCGUGGUUCCUCAUGACGGUUGGUCAUGCUUUUACUGUGCGAGGGUCUCCUCCUCCUCAUCAACCAUGGCUGCCAAGUCCUGGCCAUGUGCCUGCACCGGAAGCGCUUCAGUGAUGGGUAGCACAGCAACAACAACCACGAGCGCCUUUGACCUGCCCGAUUCAAAGGCUCAACCCAGCUGCAAAAUGGGGAGCGGGAUUCCGAACUGGCAGUAUGUCGGAUGCUUUCAAGAUGCCAUUGCACGUACGCUGCUGGGGGCGAAACCGCUAGAUUACAUGCACGGAGCAAUGUCCCGGGAAAUAUGCAUCAAACAUUGUGAAGAAAGGGGCUACUUAUUUGCGGGUACCGAAUACGGACACGAGUGCUGGUGUGGACUGUCUAUUCGAGAUGACGGGGUCCGCUUACCCGAAGGCUCUUGCAAUGUACCGUGCCAAGGUUUGGAAACGGAGCCCUGCGGAGGAUCGUGGGCAGUCUCGGUGUUUAAACGGCUUGAAAACGAGGCUUCAGACACGGAAGUGCGACCAUCGUAUGGAUAUGCCAAUGCCGAAGCAGCAUCCUCGUCAACCUCGAUGGUGGCAUCUUCCCCUUCGCCUGGACCUCUGGAAAUGUUGUUAUCAAGAGCCAUUAUCCAAGAGGAGCAGAAUGCUUCCGGGGAACUUGGGCUGGAUCGACGAAUUUAA